GACUGGUACUGUGUAUUUUUGUUGCUGGGUUUUUCAUUUAUUUAAAAUGGUCAAAUAUAAUAUAAUACUAUUUCUCUACAGCCCUAUACAGUGAAGUCAUCAUGUCCUCUCGUCUAAUCACAAUAAUUUCAUCCAGCGUGGAACCUAUGAUCAACUACAACGGGGGACGGACCCAUGGAACACCCGCUUCCCUGCGUCCCAAACAUCUCCUGGAGGAGGACAGGGAGUCGGGCCUUGGGUCCACUCUGGACCUCAUCAGCAGCUUGGAGGGGUACAGCCAGGAGGAUGAACCAACCUCACCCACCUCCUCCCCCAAACAAAGGGAAGGGAACAGUCCCCCCAAAGAGCAAGCCACCGCAGAACCUGACAUGGAGCUCAGUCCCAACAGAGUCAGAGAAUUCUUCAUCAACUGCUCCAAGAUCCCUCUACUCCUCCUCCUCCUCUUCUUCUUCGUCUGUUCAUUAGACACACUAAGUUCAGCGUUCCAGCUGGCUGGGGGUAAGGUAGCGGGGGACAUCUUCAAAGACAAUGCGGUGCUGUCUAACCCAGUAGCAGGGCUGGUGGUGGGGAUACUGGUCACUGUAUUGGUCCAGAGCUCCUCCACAUCCACCUCCAUCAUCGUCAGCCUCGUCUCCUCAGGAUUGCUGGAGGUCCGGUCUGCCGUUCCUAUCAUCAUGGGGACCAACAUUGGGACAUCGGUCACCAACACCAUCGUAGCCAUGAUGCAGGCAGGGGAGAGAAAUGACUUCAAACGGGCGUUUGCUGGGGCUACCAUCCAUGACUGUUUCAACUGGCUGUCUGUGCUGGUACUGCUGCCGAUGGAGGUGGCUACAGGGCUGAUGACCUACCUGGCCCGCAUCGUGGUCACCAGCUUCAACAUCCAGACUGGAGAGGACGCACCAGAGCUACUGAAGGUCAUCACCGAACCAGUUACAAAACUCAUCAUACAGUUGGAUAGGCAGGUGAUCACCGGCAUCGCGAUGGGAGAUGAGAGGAUGAGGAACAGGAGCCUAGUGAAGAAGUGGUGCCACACCGGGCUAGUUACGUCCUCUCUUCAGUCCUCUAUGAAUAUCAGCAUCACUGGUUCUGACAACUGUAGCCCCGCCCAUCUCUGCUUGCAGGAAGGUGACAUCACCUGGACCACUCAGAAUCUCUCCUCCGAGUUUAACAUCCAGAAAUGUAGGCAUCUGUUUGCUGAUGCCGAUCUGUCAGACCUGACGGUGGGGCUGAUCCUCCUGGCCGGCUCCCUGGCCCUGCUCUGCACCUGCCUGGUGCUCCUGGUCAAGCUGCUCAACUCCCUCCUCCAAGGUCAAGUGGCAAAGGUCAUCCAAAAGGUCAUCAACACAGACUUGCCGUAUCCGUUUGGCUGGCUGGCGGGCUACCUGGCCAUGUUUGUGGGAGCAGGGAUGACCUUUGUAGUGCAGAGCAGCUCUGUGUUCACCUCUGCCCUGACACCACUUAUAGGUAUUGGUGUGAUCAGUCUGGAGAGGGCCUAUCCACUGACUCUGGGCUCCAACAUCGGCACCACAACCACAGCCCUGCUGGCAGCCCUGGCCAGCCCUGGGGACAAACUGGCUGCUGCCAUACAGAUUGCUCUGUGUCACUUCUUCUUCAACAUCCUGGGAAUCCUGCUGUGGUACCCCAUCCCUGUGACACGUGUCCCCAUACGCAUGGCUCGUGCCCUGGGUGAACGCACCGCCAAGUACCGCUGGUUCGCUGUCCUCUACCUCCUCUUCUGCUUCCUGCUCCUCCCGUCCCUGGUCCUAGGCCUCUCAUUGGCUGGCUGGAGAGUGAUGGUGGGAGUGGGCGCACCAUUUGUGUGUGUGACUGUUUUCAUUGCCUUGGUGAACCUGAUGCAGGCUCACAGCCCUGGCCACCUGCCCGUCCGUCUCCAGAGCUGGGACUUCCUGCCUCGCUGGAUGCGAUCCCUCAAGCCCCUUGACAGGGUCAUCACCAAGGCAACUAGCUGCUGCAGCACUGGCCAUGCAACCGGAGACAACCAGGCGGCGCCCGUUAACGCGGUAACGACCCCUGUUGACCCCAAGGUUGCAUCCGCCCAGAGGAAGGCUGACCUAGCGUAUGAUAACCCCGUCCUUGAGUACCUGGAUGAGACGAAGCCAGGUGUACCUGUGUUUAAACUGAAGGGUCUGGAGAGGUGCAACAGCACACCCCUCUAAAGGAGAUGGAUCUUGGUCUGACAUGGGAAGGGUUGGUUUAAUAUUUUCUAUUUAAUCUCAGGAGUGCACUGCUCUGGGCCUCAAGGGCCAUAGAGUGUUCUGGUCCUUGGCUUAUAAUCUAUGAUUGAUUUCUGCCAGCUGUGCAGUCUCUCUAUAGCCAAUCAAUGACAUAUAUUGAUAAAUGAAGUGCCUGGGAGAUGUACUGUACAGUAUAAAGCCCAGAAGGAGAUCUUAUAGUCUUUGAGGACUGGAGUUGUUCACCCUCUUCUGUGAAUAUGUUUUAUUAUCAUAGUGAUCAAGACUGGAUCCAGUAGUCUAGAUUGAAGAUGACAGAGGUUAAGACAGCAGAUUCUAAUAUCCCAUAACUCUUUACAAAAAUGGGACCAGUUAUGCUAGUUAAUAUCGGUCCAGGUCCAAUGAAUGUGUUUAUUUUCGAACGCUGUCACAUGGAAUUAUUCUAUUGUUCUAACCAGUAUAUUUUCGACCUAGCAAGUAUCUAGUUCCCUACGUGUGGUUGGGAUGGAUAAGCACUCGAAGACAUCACAAUGGAAUCAACGAGGGCUCAGUUCACAGAUAAUCUAAACCAGAUGGGCGUACAUGAAAUGAAUGUGUACUGUGUGUCACUGUGUGGGUUAGAAUGUCCAUAGUAGGUGUGUUUUUAUAAGUCUAUGUAAAUGUGUCUGUUUGUGGGUUGGCUUAUGUGUUAGUCAUACACGCGUGUACCUACUCUAGCAAAUGUAGCUUCACAGAAGUCAGUUGAUUAUGCAGAAGAAGAUCAUGCUUCAAGCCCCUUGAUGAUGCUGUUCCCUGUAGGGAAGAAAUACUUUACUAGCACUUUGGGAACAGAAUGAAACGUUCAGAUCAACAGUGUCUCUCUUUGCUCCAAGAACCAAAGCAGAGUGCAGAGUGUGCAAUGAUAUGAAACACUAAAAGGAACUUGUUUGUCAGACAAGGGUGGAAGAAAUAUUUAGAAGAAAGACAAAGAUACUAAUAAAGUGCUUGCUACUGUAUUAUACAGCUCUCUGUAUAUGCCAUUGAUCGUUUCCCUGACAAGUGUCUAUCUAAUGAUAUAGCAACAUUUCUAUAAAACAAUGAUAUCUUGUCAAACAAUAUGUGUACAUACAUUUGAUUGAUAUAAUGGUAACCGGGCCUUUCAAAUAAAAAAGCAAUCAUAAGCAACAAAAAUCAAGAGAAGAACCCUGUCGUUGUCGUGCCAUGUCUGAAGUCGUAACUAAGUCAG